GCUCAGUGACCCUGUGGAGUAAAAAUCCAUUUAGUGAUAUUUUAAAAUGGCCCCCACCACAGAGGCUCGAGCUCCAGCAGCAGCUCCAGCGCCUUAGCUACAUCUUUAACUCGGAGUCAGGUUUCCCGCUUCGGAGAGAGAGAAAGAAAGAAAGAGAGAAAGAAAGAGAGAGAGAGGGACACAGGUGGUGGAGGAGGAGGAGGAGAAGGAAGAAGAAGAGUGAAAUAUUUGUUUUGUCGGUUAGAGUUUGUUUUACGAACUAGCUUGUCUAGCUAAGCUAAGCUAAGCUACAUGUUUACUUGGCCGGCUAGCUCGAGCUCGUUUUAAGGAUUUCUUUUUUUUGUGCUAAAUGCUAGCUAGCGCGUGCGGCUAAGUUACUUCAGCUAGCGUCAAGCUAGUCUUCUUGGCAAGUUUUUUUUCUUCCUUUCUUCUCUUUCCUCAAAUGGCCGAUCCGAGGAAAGUGCCCUUCGUGACUCUGGCUUCGUAUAACAGCACCACCACGACGCCGGUGCCGGAGUCUAAGAAGCGGCGGAGGGAGGAAGAGGGUGAAGGCGGUCUCCAGCACCACGGGAGAGACGGAGGGCUGUUCACUAACGGGAAAAGCUCCGGGGCUGACGGUUCCGCCGAGUCCAAACCCACCGUGAGGCUCAGUCUGUCUCUGUCCGAGCCCAGCGACAAGGGAUCCACGGAGUUCAGCUACACCGAGCUGAUCCAGCACGCUACCCAGCAGGUAAGAAAAGCUCCUGAAGGUCUCACGCCGGCUCUGGACCCGAACGACCCGCUGGCUGAUCAGGACCAAGAGAGACGGGAGGUUGAAGCUCUUGCUAGGAAGUUUGAGAGUAAAUAUGGAGGCACCGGGAAGAAGAAAAAGAAAGAUCGGAUGCAGGAUCUCAUCGACAUCGGAUACGGAUAUGACGAGACGGAUCCGUUCAUCGACAACUCCGAAGCCUAUGACGAGCUGGUCCCCGCGUCCCUCACCACCAAACUGGGAGGCUUCUACAUCAACACGGGCACUUUGCAGUUCAGACCUGCGUCCGAGAGCGAGGACGAGAGCAAGGACGGAAACCACUUCAAGGUUCGCUCGCGUCACGCUGACUCGGAUCUCCCUCCUGAAAGGAAGCUGAAGGAUGGAGAGGAGCGAGUGAUCAAGAAAAGAAAGAAAAAAGAUGGCACCUUAGAGGAGAAGAAACCCAGAAAAAAUCGUGUGUCUAAGCAGGGCGUAUCCGCUUUGAACCGGCCUGAGAAGAAGAAGAGGAAGAAGCUGAUGAAGGACUCGCUCUCGCUGGCAGCCAUGAUCCGCCGCUUCACGCGGGAGAAAGAGGAGAUGAGGAAAAAGAGCCCUGCUGCCGCCGCCACCACCACCACCACCACCGCAGGUACGGCUGUCACCGGCGCUGCCGCAGGAAUCAAACCCCCGAACGCUAACCGCUCCGUCCUCAACUCGCACUCUGUUGCCCCUGGCAACGACCUCUCCGAUCUUACCAACGACCCUUCCGUCAUCCCGCUGCUGAAUUCGGCUAACGACGACAUGCUGCAGGACCUGAUGGACGAGCUGGACUUCUCCCUACUGGAUCCUUCAGAGCUGUCCAGCCUCGAGGGUCAGGGCGAGAACGGUAACGGUGCUGUCCAGAGAGGAGGAGGAGCUGCAGCAGGAGGAGUGGGUGGAGCUUCAGCGGGACGCGUCCAGAGGACCGGGCUCAUCCCUCCUCCUCCACUGCCCAGCGGCCUGCCCGCCCCCCUCACCAAGCGCAUCGAGGACCUGCGAGCGGCGUCUCGGCAGUUUGACAUGGAGGGGAGGAAGAAGUUCUUCACGCUGGACAUGAACAACAUCCUGCUGGACAUUGAGCUGCAGGUACAGGAGCAGCCGGUGGAGGUGCGAGUGGCCGUGUACUCUCACCUGGAGGCCUUCGUGCCGUGUAAUAAGGAGGCUCUUCUGAAGCGUAUGAAGAAGCUCAGUCUGAACGUGCAGGACGACAGGCUGAGAAACCCGCUGCUUAAACUCAAGCUGGCCGUCUGCAGCGCCAUGCCCGAGCAGAUCGCCCGCUACAACAUGGACUGUCUGGCCAAAGUGGCAAAGCAGCAGUCGGAGGAAGGCGAGAAGAACGGCUCGGAGGAGGAGGACGAGGAGAGGCCGGGCAAACGGGUGAUGGGUCCCCGCAAAAAGUUUGUGUGGGAUGAUAAACUCAGGGCCCUGCUGUGUAACCUGGUUCGAGCGAAGCUGGGCUGUUAUGAGGCCGAGGGUCAGAACCCUCCCUCUCCUGAAGACUACCUCAAAGCCUUUAUGGAGACCGAGGUGAAACCCCUCUGGCCCAAAGGCUGGAUGCAGGCCAGGAUGUUGAUUAAAGAGAGCCGCAUGGCCCACGGCCACCUCACAGGAAACACAAUGAAGAAGACUCCCAAAGCUAAACCAAAAUCUCAGGAUGGCGUUUGGCUCCAGCAGUCAACCACGCCUAGUGCUACGCCCGCUACCCCGGCGACCCACCCUCAGCGCGCCCCCUCCCCCUCUGAGCCGAUCUGUCUCUCAGACUCUCUGGAUGAGGAUUUAGGUGGAGCCCCAUCUCUGGACUCCAUCUCGCAGGCUCUGGCUCUGCUCAGCAGCGCCGCCAAGGGUUUAAUCCAGUCCAACAGCCCGCCCUCCCCAGAGGCUCCUAAACCCGUUAUUUCUGGCUCUAUGCUCGGCCCCGCCUCCUCCAUCAGCUCCUCCACACCUGUGCUUCCUAAAAAGAGCACCAUCAACACCACUACGUCUGCUUCUCCAGCCGGCACCGGGCCUAUUUUCGUCUCCUCCACCUCUUCUAGCUGUUCUUCCUCUCCAGCUCUCUCUCGGCCUCCGUCUGUGUCCGUCUCUCCUUCUAUCCGGAGUGAUGGAAUAGGAGGAGUAAAGGUUGGAGCGGUCGGCUUGACUCAGGUGCAGAGACACGGUCUGACGACGACGCAGCGACCCGUUGCGACAAAUGCUGCAGGGAACAGCAGCAAGACGAGUGCGACGUCUCCGCCAAAACCAAGGCCGCCGCCCACUGCUUCGCCUCUCAUCCCGCCUCACAAGAGCUUAAAUUCUCCCAUGGCCACGCCCCAUAUCCUCCACAAACCCGGCAAUAACAACAGUCCCAUCAUUCGUAUCAGUGCAGGUAGCACAACGCAGUCAUCGCUGUCCCACCCGACAACACUGCCCAUAUCAUCAUCUUCGUUCUCCUCGUCCACUUCCUCUUCUGCUUCCUCGCAUCACAAUGCCAAAAUGCAGCCCAAAAUCUCCUCCUCCCCAUCUCCGUCUCCAUCUCAGCCCAAACCGCAGCACCAGCAGCCGCAGCAACAGUCAACGUUCGUCACGCCGAUGCAGGCCACGCUCACCAAAUCUCCCCACAGCUCCAACUCUCCCAUCCUCAAGCUCACUCCGCGGGUGACGCCCGUCAGCUCCCCUUCACCCGCCCUCUCCAGGACGUCUACGUUACCCAGCAUGCAUCAGUUCUCUCCUAAAACCGCAGGCUUUCACGCGGGGUACUCAGGCGUCAGCUCCGGGUACAGCACUCCAGCGGGGCAGCAGAAGACUCCCUCUCAGGUGAACAGCAGCAGCCUAACAAGCACUUCCACCCCGGGCACCAAGCACGCCUCCCCCUCGGCCGGCUCGGCCAAUCACGGGCCGCGGCAGAGGCCGGCAGGCGUGGCUAAUCAGGGGGUGAAACCAGUGGCGACUGUUUCCUCUGCGACGGCUCCUCAGCUAGCACAGGUGCCGUCGUCCAGCGCCAGCCUUUUGGGUCCCAUCACUCCGAACCUCCCGCUGAACUUCGGAAUGCUGGGAGGAAUCACUCCCGUGUCCCUGCCCUUCGCCUUUCCCGGCCUGCUGAACCUGCCCACGGUGACAGGAACUAGCGCUGGAACUAACACUGCUAACCAAAGCAGCUCAGGAUACAGCCUACAGCCCAAUGUCAGUCAAAGCCAGAGCGGUGAUCUAAAGAGGAAGCUGUGAUGUCGCUCGGACGACGCCGGACUGCGAGGUCACACUGAAGCGCCACGUACGCAUGGACUGCAGGCUUAACCAAUAAGAAUCGUUGUUAUUUUUUUGUUUGUUUUUUUAUUUUUUUUGUUGAUCGAGUAUUCGGAAUAUAAUGAAUAACAUCCCAGGCCUGGAUGCUUUCUCUCCUUGUUUUGCUAAUGUUUACACACACAGACCUUAAUUGCUGUGGACAGGGAGGGAGAAGCGUUUACGUGUGUGUUUGGAUACACACUCACACACACACACACUCAUACAGACUGUGUGGAAUAUGAACUCUGUAAGGAUCAGAGAACGAAUGGACGGAUGAACUGAUCCCUCCCUUUCUCAGGUGUAGGUCCAUGUCUCUGGUGCUGUUCCAGGUGGAGUUGUUGUCGUUCUUGUUAUUAUUAUUAUUAUUAUUAUUA